AUGGUGCUUCUUUUACUGGCUCGUUUUGGUGAGAAGGAAGAGCAUCUGUUCCAUUGUGUCGAGAAGACAAGCCUUGCUGAGGAGGUUCAGAUGGAGAAUGUGUCACCAACACCCUGCCUUAUUGUUUGUGUCCCAAAGAAGUCAACUUCAUCUGACCUUAAAGACUAUCAACCAGUUGCCCUCACAUCUCAUAUGAUGAAGGUGCUGGAGAGACUGGUCUUGGCCCACCCGAGUCCACAGGUGAAGGUGCUGCUGGACCCUCUACAGUUUGCCUAUCAGCCCCAUUGUAUCCAGCAAAUCAGCCAAUGCAGGUUUUUUUUCCUUUUUGAGAGCCUCAACGUAACCUCAACUUCCUGUGGACUUCACCAACUCAUGGAGUUUCACUACUUCAGUCUUCAGAGCUUUAAGAGAUCUGGAUAUGCACAUGAAAUGUCUCAGACUACUGAGGAGAGAUUAACAAACACGUAUAAGAUAUAGCUACCUUGCAUUCUGGAGCUUUUAAACAUGAGUGAGACCACACACCACAAGUUUUCUGCUGUAGAUGUGGACCAGCCUUUUUUCCAGCCUUACCCAUCUGAGAUUGUGUUCCAGAACUACCAGCCCUCUGAGACGUAUAAAGUAUCACUGGUGUUGCGCAAUAAUGACAAGGUCCCUCGCCUUGUGAAGUUGAUUGAAGAUGACUCCCUGUAUUUCAAAGUGCUGAGCCCAGUAGAUGGCUGCAACAAAGUGGCCCCAGGCAUGGCAUCCACUUUUACAGUUAUAUUCACCCCACAGGAGAACAAGGACUAUAUCCACCGGGUAAUCUUUUUGACUGAGAGGGAGAAGUUUGAGGUGCCCAUCCGGGCAAUAGGGCCGCGUGCCAUCCUGGACUUUCCCGAUGAGCUCCACUUUUCUUUGUGUCCUGUGAAGUGUUUAUCUCAGAAAACCCUCCUAGUACGCAAUAUUGGAAAAGGCAUCGCCAAAUUUCAGCUCAGCACACAGAACCCAUUUUCUGUAGAACCUUCAGUAGGGACCCUUCGUGUUGGAGAGAGCAUGCAGGUGACUAUUGAUUUUCUACCCAGAACUACAGGAGACCAUAGCCAACAACUGCUUCUCCACUACCACACAGGAGAAGACAUUUACAUCAGUUUGUAUGGAGCCUCCACGGAUAUCAAUGUGAGGCUGGAUACGAACUCACUCUGGGUGGAGAAAACCUAUAUCACCAUGGCCAACCAGCGUACAGUGGCUAUCCUGAACAGAAGUGACGCCAUAGUGCAUUUCCAGUGGAAGAGAUUUCCCACGGAGGUGGAGGAAGAACAGCAUAGACAAAGGUUCUUUCGUGAGCUGCAGCAGGAGGAGGAUGAUGAGAUGGAACAGUUUUUAACAGAGUGUGGGGCUGACAUCACUCUUCGAGACCGCCUCUCAGUGCUGUCGCGUACCUUCCAGCACAGACGCAAGCAGCUUCAUCAGGACAGCCUAGCUUUCAGUGACCAACACAUCAUCUUAGAACCACAGGAGGGGGAUAUCUGGCCAAACUGCACAGCGGAAAUCAGCAUCAUCUUCAAACCCCAAGAAGCCAAACUUUAUCAGCACACCAUCUACUGUGAUGUCACAGGCAGAGAGGCUCGUUUGCCACUGCAUAUAAAGGGAGAAGGCAUGGGACCCAAGUUGCAGUUUAACUUUGAUCUUCUAGACACUGGCAACGUUUUUGUUGGCUCCAAGCACAACUAUGAGGUUCUUGUGAGCAAUAAGGGACUUAUAGAUGCCGCCUAUAGGCUCAUGCCUCCCACUACAGCUAUGGGACUGUGCUUUUCCUUCAGUCCACCUGAGGGCACGGUACCACCUGGGGCCUGCCAUGUUCUGGAGAUCCGCUUCUCCUCUGACAAACUGGGCACCUUCUCUGAGGAGUUUUAUUUUAAUGUUUUGGGGAAUCCCCAACCUCUCGUCCUCACAUUCAGGGGGUGUGUAAUGGGCCCAACAUUUCAUUUUAACAUUCCUGAACUCAACUUUGGAGAGGUAUCCUUCGGCUUUCCUCACACACUGACCUGCUCACUUAGCAAUACCUCAUUGGUGUCUAUGAGUUUUGGCCUGCGGAUCCCUGGAGAUGGGAUGGGGAGAGAUAGUGUGACCAGUACAGAGCAGGUAACAGAGCUGAAUAGGAAUGACUGGAAGCCAGGAGACAAGGCAUCUGAGAGGCCUCGAGAAUUCAGAGUGACACCCAAUUCAGGCACUAUCCAGGCUCAGAGCCAACUGGACAUCAAGGUGGCCUUGUGCUCCAAUACAGUGCAGCAGUACUGUUUGGCACUGGUGGUGGAUGUGCAUGGAGUUGGAGAGGGGGUGUUAGCUCUCCCAAUUAAGGCUAGCUGUGUUGUUCCUGAAGUGCACCUGGCAAGUUCUCUGCUUCAGUUUCAGCACUGCUUCCUGGGUUAUCCCUAUGAGCAGACCAUUACACUGAUUAAUGACACAAAUCUCCCUGCAUGCUAUGGCCUUCUAGCCCAGGAGUAUGAGGAGAACCCAUCUCUACUGUACUCUACUGCUCAUCCACGAGGAGUGAUCCAGCCAUCUAGUACUGAGCAGAUUCCUCUGGUUCUUCAGGCUAAAACAGUAGGCCAAGUGCAACUUACUGCUCUCAUUGCAAUUUUAGGCCGACAGGAUCCUCCACUGGAAUUGCUCCUGUCCUGUAUUGGCCAGGGUCCAGCUGUUUCCCUCUCUGCCACCGAGCUACACUUUGGCACCAUCCCAGUGCUCACUGACAUCUCAAGGACACUGCAGUUGUUCAACCAGUCCCCCAUCCCGGCCUGCUUCUUGGCACAAAUGGCUAAGAGUAACACUCAGUGGCGGGUGGAGCCAACAGAAGGAGAGAUCCCCCCACAGGGACAGCUAGAACUGACACUGGUGGCCCAUCUUUAUGAUGCUCUGCCCUUCCAGGACAAAUUACAGCUGGCCGUCCACGGCAGCCAAUCUUGCACAGUAACCUUGUGGGCCACGGGGAAGGGCACCACCAUCGUCAUUGACCGGCCCUUUGCUCCUCAUUUGGACCUUGGAACCCAUUUUAGCUCAGGUCUAUGCCAGUAUCACUUUAGGAUCAUCAACAGAGGUCAGCGAUUUCACAAGCUUUUCUGGACCACUGAAGGCUUUCCCCGCUUCCGGCGCAGAGGCCUGCCAACCACAAAACACCAACCACUCACUAUCUCCAGGGACAGCAAAGCCAGGGGUCCACUGGCACCUUCAACUUUGGGUGCUCCUGUCUUCUCCCUGACGCCCACACGGUUGGAGCUUGGUCCAGGUCACUCAGCCGAAAUGCUGCUGGAGGGCUCAUGUGAUACACCCAAAGUGGUAAGAGAAAGGCUGGUAUGCCAUGCCAUCGUGGGAAAUCAGAACAUGAAGGAGUGUAUCAUGACAGCGGAUAUCACAUGUCAAUUCAUUGCCCCAGUCUUGAAUAUCUCCCCUCAGCAGUUCAACUUCUGUGUAGAAAAGGUUCCAGGCAUGCCCCUUGUACCUCUGCAUGAGAAGCUGUAUCUAAAGAAUGUCUCCACAUUGGCAGUCUCUCUGGAGCUCACCCUGGCUGAGCCUUUUGGGCUCUGUGACUGUCCCAGUGAUGACUCAUUCACCUUCUCAAAGAGUCUGGUGAUGGGUAUUGGUGCUGAAGCAGAGCUGUGGGUGCGUUUUGAUCCUUUGUACCAGCUGGAUUUAGUGAGCCGUGUGGCUGAGGAAGUGCUGGAGGUGAGCUACAGUGCACAUCCUCAACGGGACACUGUGGCUCUGAAAGGAGAGGUACACUUUCCCAACCUACACUUCUCCAGCCACAUGGUGGACUUUGGCUGCAUCCCCAACUGCACAGAGGUCCAGCAGCAGCUUACCAUGACAAACUCCAGCCUACUCCCUGUCAUCUACCACUGGGCUUUUCUGCUGGACAAACAGCAUUACCACAUCUGGCAAAGUGGGGUCUCAAAACCUCAGAAAGAAGAAGAGGAGGUCAAUAAAAAGAUAAACCCAAAUUCUGGUACUAAAGAGGGAAGAGGAUCAAAAGAGCCACUGUCAUCUUAUGGGCUGAAUAUUCUUGAAACAGAAGGGACACAUGCAUACAGCCUUGUUCUACAGGGACAGAACAGUAGAGCAUCAACAACACAGAAGCCUGCAGGGUUAAAGCUGGACUUCAGCACAUCCAGCCAAACAGAUAGAGAGACACCAAGUAUACGUGUGGAGGAGAUAUUUGACAUUAAACCAAUUUAUGGAGUUCUGCAGCCUGGUGAGAUCCAGCAAGUGAUGUUCUCAUUCUUUGGCCAUGCUGACAUCAGUGCUCAAGUGCUGGCAGUGUGCAUGGUGGAGGAAGGCCCAACAUAUGAGAUUUCAGUCAAAGGAGAAACUUCUCUGAUCACCUACACAUUAGACACAACUGAGAUCAACUUUGGUCCUCAGUUAUUUGACCAUGUGGCAGAAGCAGAGAUCAUUCUGAGAAACACAGGAAAGGUGGGCUUUAACUUCAGUUUUCUGCUGGAAGAUCAGCAUGUGUCACUGAAAGACAUCUUACCUGGGCAAUUCCUUGUUAUUCCCAGAAUGGGCCAUUUAAGGGUGAAUGAGGAAAUAAGAGCUACUGUGUACUACCUUCCUGGAAUCCCAGAUGUUUUUGAGAAGACAUUCCAACUACAGGUGGCCUUCUUUAAGCCAGAAAGCAUUACGAUGAGGGGAGAGGGCAUCUUUCCUAGAGUGUGCCUGGACCUGCCCAGAGACUUAAAUGAACAAUAUAGCUCAGUGUUGAAGGAGGCAAAGGAGACAGUUAAGGGUGAACCUCAAAGAGAGGACAUGCUAAACAGAUCUAGUGCAUGGGUUGGUGAUCUGUGUGAAGAGGACUACAUUCCUACAUAUGAUGCUCUGCUGCAGAUGGAAGUUGAGAGGCUCCUAGUCAAGGAACAUGCUAUAGUGAUUGAGAAAUCCCAAAGAGAAUCUGUGCAAAGUGAAACACCUGGAUCCAUUUCUGGCAUGUGGCGCAAAAAGCUCAGCAGGUUUAUUUUGCCUGAGUAUAUUCUGGACUUUGGUUAUGUGAUUCACAACACAGUUUCUACUCACAUCGUGAAAGUGACAAACACUGGGCCUCUCCCAGUGUCCUUCAGAGCUGAACGCCUUUCUCUGGCAAGAACAGGAUUUAGCACAGAGUUGGACAGGGUGAAGAACCUGCCCUACUAUGAGACAGAGACAUUUGAAGUGAAGUUUGAUCCACAAGGUGCAAAUCUAGAACUUGGGGAAACAAGCACUGUCUUGCCUAUACAGGUGUUGGGGGGUCCUACAGUGCAAGUCCGUCUACAUGCAGUCAUCAUGAAGCCCUCAGUAACCACCUCCACUAACAUGUUAGAGUUUGAUAGUGUUCACUGUGGCAUGUGUAAAGUGGCAACAAUGCAGCUGCACAACCUUGAGCCAGUACCCUGCAAGUGGAGCAUCAAAGAGGAGGAACAAACCAAGAGGAAGUCAAAGACUGAAAAGCACAUCCUGAGACAGGAGACUAGUUCAGAGAAGCUAUCUUCUCCACUCAUCUUUGAGACGUUGCCAUCCAGUGGUAUGCUUAAUCCUGGUGAAAGGGUCAACAUCCAGGUCAAAUUCACUCCAGCUGAAGGGAGAAUGUACAGAGAGAGGCUGGUAAUAGCAGUAGCCCAGAGCACCCAACGGAUCCUACUGUUAGCCCAGGGUCAGGGAUUGGAGCCAAAGCUGGAGUUUUCCACAUCAGAAAUUGAGCUGGGGCCUGUGCUGCCCUACAGCAAUGGAGAGGAGGUUGAGGUGCUGGUCUGCAACCCCUGCCCUUUCCCCAUUGAGUUCUACUCCCUGGAUUUUGACAGGCAGUACUUGGAGGAAGAGAGGAUCCUGCGGUUGAUGAAAGGAUAUGAUGCACAUAAUAGAUUGCUGCUACCCCCUCGAGCCCCUGGCGAGCCUCUGCCUCCUGAGCUUCUUGACUACUACCAAGAGCACAGGUCCCAGAAUCCUGAACUAGCAUAUGUCCGGGGUUUUAUCUGCAGUCUGGUCACAAUGAUGUUGUUUACCCAGGUGUACUGCUCCAGCUCCUCCACUCGGUUCUCGAGAAAGGCAAUCUUCUUUGCCUUCUCUGUGUUCUGCAGCUGCAGAGCUCUGACCUCUUCCACCAAAUGGCAAUCUCCUGAUGCCAGGGAGAAGAAGUGUGCAGGGCGAGAGCACAACUUAUCAAAUGCUUCAAGUGAAGAAUGCCCUCUGGAGGGGGGUGAGCCAGAUACCACAUCUGUACGAUCCAAAUGUGGGACAUCCAGGCGUGCAGAUAUCAGCAUGGGUGAUCUGGAAGUGAACCCUGUUUCGAGAGCUAUUACUCGAUACAUGGGCAUUGAUUUUCCACCAGCAGGCCAAGCUGUUCACAGUUGCAGGGGCAUUGCCAUUGUAGUUUAUGGCGCUCCACUCUCAGGUAAGACGGCUUUGGCAAUGAGCUUGGCGAGGUACUAUGGUGCUGCGUGUCUGAACAUAGACUCAGUGGUACAAGAGGCUGUGUCAUCUGGAACCAGCACUGCAAGCAAGCAGGCCAGAGAGCUGUUUGGAGCUGUCAUGGAGUCUGUGCCAGGCACAGCAGAACGUAUCGCUCCAGCUGUGUUGGAUGUGAAGACUGUGGCUAGCCAGGCUGUAGGCAUUCUCAGUGUUGAGGCAUUAGCCAAGCACAGUGCUGAAGGUGUUCAAGACAAUGACUCCAAAGCCCCCAAAUCUACUAUCCCAACAAACAAUAAGGCCAACACCAUGGGCACAAAGAAAAAUGAUGGCUCCAAUCUCACUGCUCCAGUGGCUGGCCCGACUCACAGGCUCCCUAGUGAGAGUCAGGUGGCUGAGCUGGGAGGCAAGAACAGUUUACUGCCUGAUGAUCUCCUAGUAGAGAUACUGUCAGAGAGACUACAGCUUAGCGACUGCAACCGAGGCGUCGUGAUUGAUGGCUUGGAGACACUGUACUGCCGCGUUCCAAGCACUGCACUCCAUGUCAUCAUCAAAGCCUUCAACAACCGCCAGCACAUCUAUGUUAUCAACCUCACUGACAGCUACUUGGAAUUCAAAUCCAGAGAGAAAGCUCAACUGGAGAUGACAGAGGUCUUACAAAGGGAACAGACUGAAAGAGAAAAGCUGCAUAUGCAGGAGAUGGAUGAGGAAGAAUAUGAUGCCCUGUGUGAAGAAGACAAAGCACGUGCAGAACUUCAGCAAUUGGAGAUGCUAAAGGAACAUAUGUACAGAAAGCAAAAGAGGAAGCAGGAGAAGAGGCAGCAGGAGAAGAAGCUCAGAGAGGAGGAAAUGAAGAAAAAAAACAAAAGUGGAAAAAAGGAAGUACUUAGUGGGGAUUCAACAGAAAAGAGAAGUCAGCUUGGAGUUUCCCAGUCUGGUUCAACACUGAGCUCUGACACUGCACUGGAACAGCAGUCUAAAGGGAGCAGACAAACGUCUUCAUCUACAGAAGGCAAAGACUCACUUUCAGAGGAUACCAGAGAACUUGAUGAAGGAGGCAAAAAUAAAGCCAAAGAUUGCAAAGACAGCAAGCCAACUUGUCAUGAUAAUUCUUUACUGCCACUGGAUGAACAUGAACUGGAGAAAGAGCUGAUAACUGAGGCUGAAAAGCAGCUGUUUUCCCGCUUCCAUCUGUACGAGCAGAGCCAGCCACUAAUCCAACGCAUGCUCCAGAACUGGGAUAGGGCUCGUGGACUCCUGCUGAAUUCUGAGCAGCACCAGGAGCCUGAUGAAGCCCCAGAAAACCAGAAGCAACCCAGCAAAAGGGCCAAGAGGCAGCGGGAGAAGGAGAGGACUAAAAUGGACACUGCUGAGCCUAAGCUGCCGUCUCCACCCCCUAUCCAGACUCAUCUGUAUCCCAGUGGUGCAGAGGGCUCAGAGAAUGAGCCAGCAAUAGAGCUCAUCCCCUACAUUUGCAUCUCUUUCAGCAAACAUGAGGAGAUAAGCACACGCAAUCUUCUUGACAGCAUGAAGCUACCAUCAUUGGAAGAGGUUUUGGAUGGGUUAGGGCUUGGGCCCACAGGUCCACCCAUUCCACCUCCCAUGCUGUUCUCAGUAGUCCCAUACCCCAAAAGGAGACUGAGGUCCACCUCCCAUCACAUUUCUGGCUGUUUCACAUUCUUGAUGCCCUCAUCCCUGGAAGACUCAGCCAAAGAGAAGGAGGUUGACUUGGAGACAGAAGUCCUAAGCCUCACUGGGUCUGCAAAGGAGGGUGUUACAACCCUGAACUUAGGCAAAGUGAAGAAGACCCAAGUGAAAGAGGAAUCAGCCAAGGGGACUCCAAAAGACAAGCAGCGAGUUCCUGUAAAAAAAGCAAGCAAGAGUACAGACUCUCAUUCGUUUUCAUUGAACACAGUCACCCCCUUGUCUGAAACUGAUCAUUGCAAGUCUCUGGAAGAUUGCCUUACAGAGCAUAUACAGAGGAUCACUCAUUUCCGUUGGGUCGUGCCGGCAAAUGGAGGAGUGACCCUGAAAAUGUGGUUCCACUCAUCUGUGCCUGGUGAUUUUAAACAGACUCUGGGCUUUGAAGUGAUGGGAACCAAGCGCUACUAUCAGCUCUACUGCAGAGGCAUCUGUGCUUUCCCAUCCAUCAACAAAGACCAUAAGACAGUGUUUGCCCACUGUAAAAAGGCCUUGCAUAAAGAGAAUGGCUUACAGAACACAUACAUCAUUCACUCAGGCCUGUAUGACUUUGGGCCCCUGCUUUGUGAAAGAACUAGGGACAGGUACAAGGAAAAGAUGUGCCCAGAAAACACAGAAAGACUAGUAAUACACAACAACUCCCCCAUGGAGGCAGAGGCUAAUUUUUGCUUCCACCGGGACACCAAAUCCACCACAUUCAUCCUGGACCCCCUGAGAAUGGUUCUAAAACCCAAUGAGAGAAAGGAUCUCAGAGUAUGGGCAUACCCCACCACUCCAGGUCUUAUAAAGGACAGUGUGGUGUGCUGUAUUAAGGAGAACCCAGAACCUGCCAUCUUCCACAUCUCUUGCAGAGGAGUCCGGCCAGAGCUAGAAGUGGAGCACAAGCAACUUAAUUUUGAUAAGAUUUUCCUUAACAGGAGGGAGACACGCAGUCUGUGCUUACGUAACCCUGCUGCACUGCCAGUAGCCUGGAAGCUGAGAGGCCUUGAGGGGCUGGGUGAGGAAUUCAGCAUUUCCCAGGACCAUGGCAUCAUCAUGGCGUACUCUGAGUUUUCCUUGCCCAUGCAUUUCCAAGCCAUAAGACCUAUUAACCUGAAGAAAACCAUAAGAUUGGAGGUGUCAGAUGUGGAGAAUAUUCUUGGUGUUGUCUAUACGGAGAACAUUAAUAUUGUGGCAGAGGCUUAUGAUGUGACCCUGGAAGUUACGUUUCCCAAAGGUACGGACAAUAGCCUGGACUUUGGCCUAAUCAAAGUAUCAGAAGAAGUCAAAUUAUAUGUUACCUUGAAAAACAAGGGGAAACAUGAGAUUGCCUACAAGUUCAUCCUGAAGCCUACUAAGCUUGGAAUGCCUAACCUCAACUCAGCCUUCACUAUCACACCUCAAAAAGGCAUUCUUUAUCCCACUGAACGGACUACAUGUGUCCAAGUCAUCUUUUGCUGCAACAAGGAGGUGUCUAUCAGACAACAGCCAAUUUUACACUGCCAGGUCAUUGAGCCCAAUGUUGAUGAAGAUAGAGAAACCCUUAAGAUUGUACCCAUCAACGUGUCUGUGCAGUGUCUCUAUUCCAAGUACAACAUCCACCCUGCAAAUAGCAUCAACUUUGGCUCAGUAGUCUAUGGUUCUCGCAAGACACAGACAGUUACUGUAGAGAACAGGGGUGAAUUUGAGCUCUGUUUCACCAUCUCCAGAAUGUUUAAAGAUCUCCCAGUGUCUGGACAGAAGAGAGGUAUAGGCAAGAUAUCUUCCAGAGAGAGUAAUUCUGCAAGACAAUCACACUCUGCCAUUAAACUACGCUGGUCUGACUCUAUCCAGAAGGACAAUAUUAAGGACAGCAUACCUUCUCAGACACGUUUGUCUGUGGGGUUGUUCUCCUUGUCUACAUGCUUUGGCAUCCUUCCUCCUGGUGCCCAGCAAGUGGUAACUGUAGACUGUGUGGCAGAGCAGGUAGGCUGCUUGGAGGAAUGCCUGGUGGUGGACAUUACUGAUCGAGACCCUUCUGACAACCCAGGAGGGAUUCUCUACAAGCUGCUAGCAGAGGUCUGCAUACCAGGAAUAGAUCAUGAAGAUAUUGCUUCCAUCUUUGAAGAACACAGAUUGUGCAAGAACAGUAACAUGCUACAAUGUGAGCAGUAUUGGGAUGCUAUGGGCAUCUAUAUCCAGGAUGAAAACAAGUUUGUCUUCAACAACGUGCUGGUCGGCCAGUCAAGCAAAGCUCGCUUCCGUCUUACCAACUCUGGAAAAAUACCCUGUAAACUGAGUUUGCAGGUGAAAGCUGUCCCCACCAAGAUGCCCAUGCGUAGUCCUGAGGUGUUUCAUCUGAGCCCUAUGCGGAUGACUAUCCCCAGUCAUUCACAUUCCUUUGCUGCAAUUACCUUCACUCCUCAGAACAUACAGACCUACCUUGGAGUGUUUGAAGCCUCUCUAGAAGGGGCAACCGGGAGCAAGGUGCUGAUGUUUGAUUUGGUGGGAGAGGGCAAUUUACCUUGUAUAACUAUUCUAAAACCAGUCCAAAGGACCAAACAUGGACAGCCAAUCCUGCAGUUCAAGCGAAUGCUGGUAGACAAGAGACAGAUCCUCCCUCUGGUCAUCAAAAACAUUAGCAAUGUACCUGCACAGGUUAGCAUUGAACUCCUUGACAAGAUGGGAGUCUUUUCUUUAAGGGCAGCUCCUGGCACUGUAUGCAACCACAUCUCCUCUUCACACAUUGCAAGUGAGUCUGAAAUAAAAAAAAGGCAGAUGACUCAUUUGACCUCCCUGACACUAAUGGCUGGACAGCAAGCAGAGUUUGAGGUGGAAUUUCAUCCUGAGGUACCUCAGAGUUUUGAGGCAACUAUGCAGCUGUCAGUAAAAGACAACCAGUAUGAAAAGACACUGAUCCAGCUCAGAGGAGAGGGUUACUGUGACAUUAUUUCUUUGGACAAUAUCAGCAGCAAGGUUCCUCAGGACCAGGACAGCACAGAAGCCAAAUAUGAUAUUGUGUACUUCGGAGACUGUCACGUGGGUCAUCGUUACCACAAGACUUUCACCAUGACCAACCACAGCAACUCAGUGGCUCUGCACUUUCGGUGGCCUCAAUGUGAGCCAUGUCUGCAUUUCUCACCUCAGAUAGGCCACCUCCAUGCCAAUUGCACCAAGGAGGUGACAGUAAGCUUCAGCUCAGAGCAGCCCAUAGUGUUGAAUGCACAGGUGGUGAAGUGUAAACUCUGCCAGAUAAACUUUCAGCAGCCUGUGGACCAAGUGCCAGACUGGGAUGAUCGUCACCGGACUGUCAGGUGGGUGGAUGUGGAAAAGCCACUCUCACCUCAGAGACCAGCCAAGAAAAAGGUGGUAAAGACUGAUCCGGAGCCUGUCCAUUCAGUGAUGGAAAACUCAUUGAGAGAGCUAGAACUGAGGAUUAGUGCCAAGUGUGAUUAUGCCAAGUUUGAUUGUGAUUCUGAACCUAUCCAUUUUAAAGACACCAUGCUUUUUCAAACCAGAGUCUUCCAAAUGCAGAUGAAGAACAAAGGUACUGUGGAACUUGAGUACUCCUGGCAGGUUAUGAAAAAGACCUUUGGGAAGACUCUGCUUUGA